GUGUUCCAAGUUUGAAGAAAAAGAUCAUCUCUGAGUCGUUAGAACGUAGUUGGCUUGACUGUGGUAGCAGUUGCUUAGCACAGCGAUUUUGUGUCGGGUAUAAUUACAACAAAAACUCAAGGGAAAAUGACGUCAACUGUCAGUUGACUCACACUGCUGAUCAUUGGUUUGACAAAAUAACCACCGAAGAUAGUGACUGGACGUUUUACGAGGCCGCUGCAGGAAGAAUGGUAAGAAUAUCGUAUUUAGCAUAAUUAUAUUUAUAUGCUAAUUUUGUUUUAAAUAUAUUGAUAACCAGGGACCGGUGUAUAUAUAAAGAAUUUAAAGUUAACUAUAAUUAGUGCAAAGUAAACCAGUCAAACUCGUGUAUUGUAGAGUUAACUACUAUUUAAUUUUAACUACAAAAUUGUGGUUAAAAGUAGUUAGCAUACAACCGACCCUAGCUAACAAACCAAUAUCAGGGGGAGAUGGUGGGUAUCGUGACAAGACACCACUGGAUGGCGAUGGACAUGCGCACAUUUCCCAAAAAUGGCGACUGUAUAAAAUUACUAGAAACCAUAUUGGAGUUUAUAAAAACCUUAAAUUUUUACCUAUUUUGUUUAAAUAUUGCACGGUUGCGGGCUUCCAUCAUAGCAGCGACACCAACAAGCAUUAUUUAUAAACCAUCAUCGCUAGCAUUUCUACACGUCAAGGUGGUUUCCGUGACCGAUGCGUUUUCAGUGGUAUUUCAAUGUAGGCCUAUUAUACAAUGUAAUCUAUAGUAAUCUUGUCAUACAUGCAUGAGAUAAAACACCUACGAGUAAGCCGACAUCCUUUCAGCAGAUGCAAACUGCGGACUUUACGCUGUAUUUGGCUAUGUUGAAACUGUAGAGAAUAUAGAGACCGACGUUGUAAAGACUGACGUUAGCAAAUAUAGGUGGCGUUGACGAGCGUUGAUCGAUAGUUUUAAAUCCGAACACUACAGGAAAGUUGUAAGACUGUUAAUAUUAAUAUAUCUUCAGAAAUAAACUAUUACAUUGGUGGCAGCGGCAAACAAAAUAUAAAGAAUGUCUAGCGCUGAAUUACUUCAAGAAAUUGAGCGAGAGACUUACCAAGCGUGUUGAGGAACUGGAGAAGACAGAAAACGAUGCGACGCCAUCGUCGAGUUUAAACCUGCCCGUGGUUCAAGUAAAUAAUCAGAAAGCAAAGCCAGAUAACUACUCGGACGGCCCGUGGAACGAGUGGAUUAGUCACUUCAAGCUGUGUGCUCAGAUAAACAACUGGGACGACACACAGUGUUGCCAACAGCUAGCUGUUUCUCUUCGCGGUACAGCUCAGCGAAUCUACUUGACGCUUCAAGAUAACGAGAAGACGUGUUUUGACGACCUAGUGAACGCACUACAGUCUAGAAUUCAGCCAGACCAACAAAGGAAAAUCCACAAGCUGACCUUCAAUGCGAGGAAACGAAAACACGGGGAGAACAUUGUAGAUUUAGCAACUGAUCUGCGACAACUCGCUGCACUGGCGUACCAAAACAAGGAUAAGUCGCUUGUCGAGGAGGAACUCGUUGAACAAUUUAUCCGUGCCCUCGACAGUAAGGAACUACGUAUCGGAGUGAGUCAAAGUGACCCAAAAUCUCUCGAUGAAGCUGUAAAACUAGCGUUACGUCUGGAAAGUAUUCAUUUGGCUGAAAUGAAAAACAACAACACCGCGAAAAUCAACAUGGCGGGAGACGAGCGAGAUACCGCUGGCUUCGACAUGGCGGGCGCGAGAGAUAAACGAGAUACCGCAGGCCUCAACAUGACGGGCGCGAAAGAGGAAGAUCAAUCAACACCACGAUGGGCGAAAAAGUACUUUGAUCAACAAGCGGAACUGAUGGAUAAAAUGAGUAAAUUUCUUGUGAACAAACCAAAUACGGCCUCAUACCCAAGACGUCAAAGGGGAAAUAGCCAGUGCUACCGUUGUGGAAAAUAUGGUCACUUCGCACGAGAAUGUCAAUCGCAGAAUCAGGGAAACGCCUACAGGGCGGGCGCUUUAUAGAGCCUCCGCCCGCGCCGAAACGUGUUGAAACCGCUGAGUUUAGGAAUAAAGGCAAAGCUAGUGCAACAGACGACGCCACAAUAUUUGUGAACUGUCGAGUUAACGGGUACUAUGUUAAAGCUUUGGUGGACACUGGCGCAGCCGUGACUAUCAUGCACGAGGAUUUACUGGCGCGAGUACGUAAUAAAGGAACAGAAGUGAGACGCGCGACAAAAACAAUCGUGGGUGCGAACAAUACGCCUUUAAAUAUAAUUGGAAUUGCCGAGAUAGACAUUUCAGUAUGCGGGAAUUCAGUAACUCAUGACGUUUUAAUUUGUAACGAUUUAGCACAAGCAAUGCUAAUUGGAGUAGACUUCUUAAAACCUCAUAAGUGCAUAAUAGAUUUCGAGAAGAAUACAUUACGAAUAAAAAGAGAAGAAGAAACAUUGUCUUAUUCAAACGAGCGUAAAGUAUGCCGGGUUGCAAUUGCCCAGUCUGUCGUUUUGCCAGGAAAUUCAAUGAUAACUAUUGCAUGUAAAGUGGAGAAUGGAACGAUUCAGAACAAUAAAAGUGGAGUUCUUGAGCCCAUG